AAGUCAAUUUCUCGAAUGUCGACACUGAAGAUCGCGUUUCUGUAUGCUAAAUAUAAUCAUUACACCACUGGGCUCAUAUCUGAGCUUUGUCGUUCGUAUCCACUGUGAGAGUUGGGUUGUGGUACUUAUUAACGGAUGCUUCAUUGCUAGCUGAGAGAGAAGAAUUCCUGAAUAAUAAUGCAAAGAGGAAAUGAGCAUGGUGGGGAUGGCAAAGGACGGAAGCUAGCGUCGGGAUUUCAAACACGGCUUGAACCACUACCACCACCGCCUACGUACACCGUCUAUACCCAGCCCUUUCCUUUCUUCAAGCUCGAAGCAAUGUGCGAAUACAGCGACACCAUACCGCCUCCCGGCGAGCUAAUAGACCCCCUAUUCCUCGAAAUAUUCCUCGAACUCGAAUAUCUCAAGCGUCGGCUAGUAGUAGUCACCACGAGCUCUGAACUUGCCAUAACCCUGGAAUCCAUCAAAGACGCAAUAGCACGGUGCAAGGACUAUCAACUGAAGGAAUCUCUUAUUCGUGAACUGGUGGCAGAAAUCGUGGACCUCAAGGUUACAGUGCGUAAUAGGUCUGGUGAAGACUGUGAUGAGUACAGGAUGCUUGUCCUGCAAGAAAAGCGGGUUGCUCACUGGUGAUUAUUCUCCUCGCUGUAUCGCCUUGAUGCAUCAACUUUUUCGUUGAACUAGGUUGAUACACGUGAGGAUCGUUCGCCUGCUCUUGUCCAAAGAUUUCUGGCUUGUGAUGCUCGCUCUGUUUCUCCUGUGGUUUCUAUCUCGGGUCAAAGAUCUAGUUUGACUGUCGCGUUUUCGUGGCUGUAUCACGCUAUACCUCUGUAUACCUUUCCUGAAAGGAUCUUAUAUCUAUUGUUGUA